AUAUUAAGCAUAUUAUAAAGCAUUUGAUUGUAUACAACACAUACACUCAAACACACAGUGUAUACACAACAACAUCACUGACUGAUUGAUUGCUUCAGAGACUGACUAUCUGUGAGUCAAACAAUAUAUAUGAUAUAACCAUUGAAUUGAUCUGUUAAUUGAUCCGCCAAUUGAUCCACCAAUUGAUCCACCAAUUGAUCCACCAAUUGAUUUGUUGUUGUCAUCAUCCGAUUUGAAUACCACUAACCAUCACUAGACACACACACACACAUCAUCGACAAGGAAGUGAUAAUCAAUUGAUGGUUUGAAAAAAAAUAAAUCUGCAGACAAUUGAUGGCUAAUAAUAUCGUUAAAGACAUUGCGAUUGAAUUAUCAAAACAACAACAACAACGACAACAAUACCAGUGUUGACAACAAAUGUCACAAAAUGUGUGCUCAAACAACCAGACAUCAUCAUCAACGACAACAACAACAACUACACCAACAAACCAUUGUAACCACAAUAACCGAUUGGAGAAAGAGGAGGACAAUAGUGACCACAAACGGACUAAUAUUAUCUCUAAUGACAAACAAAUCGGCGACAGCAGUGGUCAACAACAACAACAUAAUUGUUUAGUUAAUAGUGAUAGUCAGGUAAAGGAGGACAUAGUCAUCAUAGGCGGCAACAGUAGCAGCACUUUCGGUAGUAGUGGUGGUGACAGUAGUGGCCAACAACCAGCCGUACAAUUGACUAAUUCGGCGUCCGAUAUGGUUCCGCUAGUGUCGUCCGCCAUCGCCGCCGCCACUACCGACAAUAACACAGUGGUGGCCAACGGUAAUACCAAUGGCAUGACAAACGGUGACACAAAUCAGUCGUCGUCGUCGUCAUCGCCGCUGUUUAAUGACAUUCAUCUCAUCGACGACAAGAACAACAUGAAGAACACUACUAUUAAUAAUAUUAUUAGUGAUAACAAUAGUGAUCAUCAUAUCAUCAGAAACAAUAAAUUCAUUAUUCGUAAACUAAAUACCAUCGAUGCUACUAAUGAGACCAAUUUAUGUGAUAAUAUUAUUAACAAUGAUUUAACAAUUGUUAAAAGUGAUGCUCAACAACAACAACAAAGUCAUGUCCACCACAAACAAGAAGAAGAAGUAGUAGAAGAAGAACUGCUGACUAAUCAUAGUGUCGAUAACAAUAGUGUCAACAAUGGCAACAAUAACAACAUCAGCGGCGGCGACAACAACAACACUGCCGUCAUCAGCAACACCGAGGAGGUGGCAGCGGUGGUGGUGGUGGCCAACAAAGAGGACAAGGAAGAGACAGAGGAGACCGAAGAAACACCGGACGAGGCGGCCGAAACGGCACAGGACUCGUCUCCCGAUGAUCGGUGGCUAAAAUUUGAAGAGAUUGGUCGCGGAUCGUUCAAAACCGUCUACAAAGGCCUGGACUCGCGGGAUGGUGUAGCUGUUGCCUGGUGUGAACUACAGGAACGGCUCAACAAGAACGAGAGGCAACGAUUUCGCGAAGAAGUGGAAAUGUUGAAAGGUUUACAACAUUCAAAUAUUGUCCGCUUUUUCGACUACUGGGAAGUAAAUACACCGAAACGUAAAUAUCUUGUUUUGAUUACCGAACUGAUGACUUCCGGAACGUUGAAAACCUAUUUGAAACGAUUCAAAAAAAUCAAUCAAAAAGUACUGAAAAGCUGGUGCCGACAGAUACUGAAAGGUCUGAAUUUUCUACACUCGCGUACGCCGCCGAUAAUACAUCGCGAUCUGAAAUGCGAUAAUAUAUUCAUUACGGGAACUACUGGAUCGGUUAAGAUUGGCGACUUGGGUUUGGCCACUUUGAAAAACCGAUCGUUUGCCAAAAGUAUUAUCGGUACACCCGAAUUUAUGGCACCCGAAAUGUAUGACGAACACUACGACGAAUCAGUGGAUGUCUAUGCGUUCGGUAUGUGUCUGCUGGAGAUGGCUACCGGUGAGUAUCCCUAUUCCGAAUGUGUUGGACCGGCACAGAUCUACAAGAAAGUAUCGUCGGGUACGCCGCCGUUAAGUAUAACAAAAGUCGAAACACCGGAAGUCAAACAGAUCAUCGAAAUGUGUAUACAAGUGAAGAAAGAGGACAGACCUACAGUGAAGGAUCUGCUGAAACAUGAUUUUUUCGAAGAAGAUACCGGUUUUAAGAUUGAAUUUUGCGAUCGGGAUCAAAGUGUAUCCAAUUGUGACUCAAAAGUCGAGCUCAGACUUCGCGUAACCGACGCUAAGAAACGAAAACAUAAGGAGAACGAAGCCCUUCAGUUCUACUUCGAUAUCGACAACGAUUCCGUCGAUGAUGUGGCCAAAGCUCUGGUUGAAACAGGCUUUCUGAGUACGGAAGACGAUGUCCGAGUGGUGGCCCAAUUGAUCCGCAAUAAUAUCUCCGUAUUGCUUAAAGAUCGGCAACAAUAUCUCCUCCAACAGCAACAGUCGGCAACUAAUCAGCAAAAGUCGACAAAGUUUGAGUUAAUACAGAAACUGAAACAACAGUACAAACACGCAGAAAAAAUAACAAACGCCAGAGUCGAUGAUGUAUUUACCGCUAUUAUCGAGAGACACGAAAGAGAGAGACGAGAGUUAGAGGAAAGACAUUUCCACGAAUUGAAUCUGUUUUUCCUGAAAAAGCAUCACUUGAGUAAUGAAAACAUUUCAAACGAUGACAAAACAAAUAGUAGUUCCCAAUCGGAGACAUCAUCGACAACACUGAGCGUCGCACAGGAAGCUCAUCGACCUCAGAGUCCAACAACGUCUCCCAGUUCUCCAAAUAAUGAAAGUCAAACCAGCAGUACAUGUAUAUCGACGACAAACCAAUUAAAUGAUGAGUUGUAUAAAAAAUUGGUUCAAAACCUGAAUCCUAAAGCACUGAUUGUUAAUAAUAAUAAUAAUAAUAAUAUUAAUAACAAUAAUAUUAUUAAUAAUACCAUUAAUAAUAAUAAUACAAAUAAUACUACAAAUAAUACCAAUAAUAAUACCAUUAAUAAUACCCUUAACAGCGAUGAUCUGCAUAUGGAAGAGCUUAACAAUAAGCUAAACAAUGUUUGUCCCACUUCUUCAUCUUAUAGUACCAAUGAUGGCACACAGCCAUCGUCUUCAUCAUCGGCAUCAUCGGGAACGGGAUGUGAUAUUAAUGUCAACAACAACAACAAUGCCAACAACAACAGUAGUGGUGGUGGUAAUCAACUAUCACUAACUGAAACUCAACAACAAUUAUUAAUAAGACGUUCGUCGAGCUGUAGUUGUAUUGAUAGUAAUGCAGAACUAUUGUCACCGAAAUACUGGUGUUUGACUAACCAGAAGAUUAGAUUAUCAGAUGACAAAUCAUCGGCGGCUGAUGUCGUCAUACCAGUUGUCGGUGACCAGUCAUCGUCAUCGUCGUCAUCCACAUUGGGUAUCAUCUAUAAGAAGAAUAAUAAGAAGAAGAAUACGCCAAUAGUUUCAUCGAUGCCUUCCGUACUAAAGAUUGAUUCAAUGUCUACAACAACGACGAUAACCACACCAUCGAUAGCAACAACAGCAACAACACCGUCGCCGACCACUACCGCCAACACCACCACUACUACUACUACUACUAGUAUAUCGACCACUUGUAGCGAUUCGGGUGCUUAUUAUACUACAAGCAGUAGCGGAUCCAAUGCAUCCAAUAGUAGUUCAUCGACUAAUAAUAAUAAUAAUAAUAAUAAUAAUAAUAAUGCUAUUAGUUAUGCCAUUAAUAAUAAAAAUACUAAUAAUAAGACAACAAUAUUAACAACAAAAAAGUAAUGCCAUUCCUGUAUAUUAUAUGUAAAGCUUAAGACAAAAAACAACACUUUUAUUACAAUAAUUAUUAUUAUAAUUAUCACUCGUAUUGUAAAUACAUUUAUAAUUAUUAUUACUAUAUUUUUUAGUACAAUGUUUUUAUUAUUAUUAUUAUUAUUGAUGAAAGCCUUACAACAACAACAAAAUUGAAGCUUUUUUUUAAUUAAUUAAUUUAUUGAUUGUUCAUAAAAUUGUUUGAUUUUUAUUUCUGGUCAAAACUUAAUGCCUUUUUUUAUUUUCUACACAAAAAACUAGUUGUCAUUUAAUUUUUUUUUAAUUAUUAUUAUUA